UUCAGUUCUCACUCUUUCAACUCACCUCUUUUUUCCUCUUCUUCUUUCUCUCUUCUCGACCUCGCACAAGCUUCGCUUCAUGGGCUCCAAAAGCAGCAAGCCGAAGAAGGGCGUCGACUCGCCUUCCUCGUUGCCGCCACGCAGGGACGGGUCUGAUGUCGGCUUCUCACCGCGUAACAAGAGCCAGUCCACCAACGAUCUCACUCACCCGACUCGGUCAGAAUCGCCAAACACAGGAAGCUUGAGAACCUCGAACGCUCAUAAUGCGCGACUACCGUCAGAGCGCCAGGCAUCCAUCCCGACCCCCGAGGCCGCUUCGUCGCAAUGGGAGGCCAUGUACGACUACAAUGCCAACGCCGGCUCGGACGAAAUGUCGAUUGUCAAGGGCGACAUUUUCGACGUGUACGACCAGACCGACCCGAACUGGUGGGGCGCAACAAACAUUAAGACGGGCGCCCGCGGCAUGAUCCCGAGCAACUACAUUGCCCCCGGUCAGAGCAUUGAGCGCAACCCGUGGUUCCACGGCAAGAUUGGUCGGCCAGCAGCAGAAGUGCUGCUCAGCAGUGGUAUUAAUGGCAGCUUUUUGGUGCGCGAGAGCGAGAGCACUCCUGGCGAGUACUCAAUCUCGGUCAAGUACGACGGCAAGCUGUACCACUAUCGCGUCACGCGCGAAGGCGACACCGUGUACGUGACGCCCGAGCAUGUGUUUAACAACAUGCAAGACCUCGUCAAGCACCACUCCAAGAACGCAGACGGCCUGGUCGCGCCCCUCAAGCACCCCGUCCUCAAAAAGGACAAGCCCACCGUCUACGGUCUCAAGCACGGCGGCGGCGACAAGUGGGAAAUCGAUAAGGCAGAAAUCAAGCUCGGCCGCAAGCUCGGCGCGGGCCAAUAUGGUGAUGUCUACGAAGGACGAUGGAAGGAGUCCGCUCACGUGGCCGUCAAGACGCUUAAGGAGACGAUGGAGGUCAAGGACUUUUUGCAAGAGGCCGCCAUCAUGAAGAAGGUCAAACACGAGCAUCUUGUGCAGCUUGUCGGCGUGUGCACUCAAGAGGCCCCUUUCUAUAUUGUCACCGAGUUUAUGCCUAAUGGCAACUUGUUGGACUAUUUGCGAAGCGAGGCUGGCAAGAAGCUGGACGCCAUGACUUUGAUGUACAUGGCCAGCCAGAUUGCGUCGGGCAUGGCUUACCUUGAGAAGGAUAACUUUAUUCAUCGCGAUCUUGCAGCUCGUAACUGCCUUGUCGGCCAAAACAACCUUGUUAAGGUGGCCGACUUUGGCUUGUCUCGUCUGGUCGAAGACGAGUACACUGCUCGCGAAGGCGCAAAGUUCCCCAUCAAGUGGACUGCUCCCGAGUCUCUGCAGUACAACGUUUUUACCACCAAGUCGGAUGUGUGGGCUUUCGGUGUCUUGCUUUGGGAACUCUCCACCUACGGUGAAACCCCGUAUCCAGGAGUGGAACUUUCGCAAGUGUUGGACAAGAUUGAGACUGGGUAUCGCAUGCCCAAGCCCAAGGGCUGCCCCGACGAGGUCUACGCUCUCAUGCUCCAGUGCUGGCAAUGGAAGCCAGCAGAUCGUCCGACGUUUGCAAACAUUAAGCUCCAGCUCGAAUCCAUGUUCCCAAGUGGCGGCGUGAACGACGCUGUUGAAAAUGCUCUUAAUUCAGACGGUUCUGUCCCCAUAACGCAUUAUGCGGCUCCUUCCCGUUCCGGAGCCUCUGCAGCUGGCGGCCCACCUCGCCCAAGCCCCAACGGCAAGCCUACCCUGCCACCACCCGUCAGUGGUGCACCACGGCCAACCGGACCCAAGCCAACUCUUGCCCGAGCGGUUUCGAGUGGCACUCCUCCACCGCUUCCUGCAGGCGGUCCCCCGCCCAUGCUGCCCAAGCCUAAUGUCCCACGGCGAUAGUUGGCAUUAUUAUUGAAGGCUACAUUGGUUCUACUCCGGUUUUCGACACUUUCACUGGCAGAUUUUAUUCCGUGAUUGUUUUCUUUUUCCGUUUCGUUUUUUUUUUGUUGGUGAAUCCGUCAGCUUUUCCCCAUCUGCCACCUGCUCGAGUCGUUUUUCGGGGCGGAAUUCUUUCCUGGUCCUUGCCUUGGUCGUUGUAUUUUGUGUGUUAUGGUGCGUGAUCCUGCCGUUCCUGUGUGUAUGUGUGUGAGUGUUUUUUUUUUCGUGGUGUUUCGUUCAUGCUUAAGAUUUUUUUUUUUUGGGAGUGGCUGCUGCCCCUGCUUUCUUUGUUUUUGUGCGUCUCUCUUUCAAGAUUCAAU